AUGGUCCCCAGUGUCUACCUGUACUACUACUUGUUGCUGUUGUGUAUUCGGCUGUUGUGUAUUGGAGCUCUGUGGAAGAUCAUCAAAAUAUUCGUCAGGUACCAUGUCCUUGUCCGGGCCAGGGUCAUCUGCUGCAGCAUUACGCUUGCUAAAAUCGACGCGACGCACCUCCUUACCCUUCGCGAAAGGAACAUCGACGACGGAUGGCGCUGCAUGGUCGGACCGCCAAGUGAAUAGGU